AGAGCCCCAGAGCAACCAGCCCUUCAGCCCCAGACAGAGUCUGUCCAGUGUGCUGCACUAGUCCUGAGACCCACCAGCUCAGGGAAGUAGUCCAGACACCAGAGACAGUUCUCAUAGUCACACAGACCUAAGAGAAUAACUUUAUUGUUCUAGUUCUACUGUUCUAGUCGUAUACCAGGCUCAGUCUGUGAGCUAGUCCGGAGCAGGUGGAUAUUUACACUGAAAUUCUCCAGUACUGUAGUCCAGUGGCUCACCUUAGUCCUCCUCUUAGUCCUGAACUGAGAUCCUUUAGUGGAGCACCUGAGCAGAUCUACACAAGUCACGUGUAUCUAGUGAGACCCACCAGCCAGUCCUUUUUACCUGAGACCUCUGCAGAUCAGCUACAACCAUGCAGCGUUCACACACCUUCCUCCUCUUCCUCCUCUUCAUCGUUGGGAUGGCGCUGGCCAGCUCGUCCACGGCUCGGAGAAGCAGAGUGAGACGACAGAACAUGAAGGUGAGGAUCAAUGCUACAGGCGACACCAUCGUGAUGAAGUUUGUACGUCCCAACGCUGACACCAAGCUGGAGGGUUACAUCCUGGGCUACGGCAGCAGCAUGUUCUCUAAACAGUUCAUCCAACUCCCAGAGAACGGACUGCCCUACGAGACAGAGAUCGAUGCCGAGCCCAAGUACCUGAUUGCUGUCCAGCCCGUCCCAGUUAACAAUGUGAAGAAACAGUGCACAGGCAAGGUGAACCUGGAGAAGCCACUGCACCUGGUGAUUGGGUCCGUGACCCCCACCUCGGUGCUGCUGUCCUGGGGGACCUUCCUCAAGACGCCCUACGAGGGGGACAUCAUGAACGAUUGCCUGGAGGACGGGCACUACACGGUGCGUUACCGUGAGAGGAACAGGAAGUGGACUCAACAGACCUGCCCCGCCAGCGACAUGGUCAUCGAUAACCUGAAGCCCAACACGGCCUACGAGUUUGGUGUCCGACCCAACAACGAGGAACGCAGCGGAGUGUGGAGCAAGCCAGUUAUCCACAACACCAACAUAGAGAAGGCCAUGCAGAAACCUUUCAGACCAAGAACCCCUCUGACGCCUGUGAAAACGGACAACAUGCCACUGUCCUUCUUCCCUCCUCGUCACGCUGUCCGUAACAGGAGCCAGGGCAGAACCCUCUUCAGGACCCCUAUGGCUCCAAGGACCACCUUCGCCCCAACCUCGACCAAUAGACAGCGCUUCCUGUCCACUCCAAGACCCACAAUGCCUCUGGUGCAGAACGAGCCAACCGGACGAGCAGACCAGAUCAGAUCUGCCUCCUCUCCCUCCGUGGACAUCCCCCGUGCUUCCCCCACCGUCCCCCGUGCCUCCCCAACCAUCCCCCGUGCUUCCCCCACCGUCCCCCUUGCCUCCCCCACUCUCCCCCAUGCCUCCCCCCAGCUCCUGCCCUCCCCCACCCUUCCCCUGGCCUCUCCCACGGCCCCUGCUCCUAAUCCCCAUCGUAAGGAAGAGAGACACAGGGGACCGGCCCAGGGCAGGCCCCAACAGCCCAGACCCCAACAGGCCAGACCCCAACAAGCCAGACCCCAGCCUGAGCCUCAGGCCGAGCCCCAACAGGCCAGACCCCAACAGGCCAGACCCCAGCCUGAGCCUCAGGUCCAGCCCCAACAGGCCAGACCCCAACAGGUCAGACCCCAACAGGCAAGACCCCAGCCCGAGACGCAGGCCCAGCCUCAGGCAAAGCCCCAACAGGCCAGACCCCAACAGGUCAGACCCCAACAGGCCAGACCCCAGCCCGAGACGCAGGCCCAGCCUCAGGCACAGCCCCAACAGGCCAGACCCCAACAGGCCAGACCCCAACAGACCAGACCCCAACAGGCCAGACCCCAACAGGCCAGACCCCAACAGGUCCAGCCUCAGGCCCAGCCUCAGGCCCAACCUCAGGUCCAGCCCCAACAGGCCAGACCCCAGCCAGAGCCUCAGGCCCAGCCCCAACAGCCUGCUAAGGUCACCCAGAACCUACAGACACCCACGGCUCCCAGCCAAUAUCAGGUGGGACAACCUCUGCCAAGACCCGCCCUCGCCACUGAGAGGGCCAAUAGUAACACCCGGGGUACCAGCUUCCUGAGACCGUUGACCCCCACCGAGCCUCGCUCUCCUAUAGGCUCUGCCAUUACCACGGCAGCCAGGAACACGACGUUGCCUCGUGGUCACGUAGCUCUCUACUCCACCCCUAACGGCAUCAGACCUCUCUCUCUACCCAGGAACAAAAACACCACCUCCCUCCUCACCUCCGUCACACGUGAGGCCGACGGGGAGCACCACAAGGGUCUUGCUAUUCCCAAACCUGCAGUUUGGUCCGGAAACCGACUGGGCUCCCCUGCAGUCCUGCGUCCCUCUCUUCCUGUCAACAAGAGGCCCAACCUGGUGGGGAAAACAGGAGACAAGGAUAAGUCCAUAGACCUGAAGCAGGGAGACAAGGCAUCCAUCUUGAAGUCCUUCCUUCCGGUUACGACUAAGCCCUCCAAACAAAAGACCACAACCAUCGCCCCGGCCUUGAACGCCACUCGUAAUGAGACAGGUGACAACUCUUCUGUGUUCAGCUCUCUGCCUGCUUCGGAAGUGGACGCCUUGGGCAAGAAGCGCUUCGUAGCCCCUCAUGUGCUCUAUAAGACGGACAAGAAGCCAGACGAGCCGUGUUCCAUAACACACUCCCUCAGCUUCUUCCCUGAGGAGGAGGGCGUGGAGCAGAACGUCACCGCACCCCCCCGCUUGUCCCCCUCCAACGUCACCGUGGUGACCGUGGAGGGAUGCCCCUCCUUCAUCAUCCUGGACUGGGAGAAGACUGACAACGACACCACAGAGUAUGAGGUAAUUUCAAGGACCCAAGGACCCAAUGGAGAAGAGGUGUCCAUCCUGACUACCAACCAGACUCACACUGCUGUGGAGAAUUUAAAACCAGAGAGCAGUUACGAGUUCAAAGUGAAACCCAAGAAUGAGCUUGGGGAAGGGCCUGCCAGUGAGGCGGUGUCAUUCAACACAGAGUCAGCGGACCCUCGGGUGAGUGAGAAUGUCUCAGGUAAAGCUGCUAUCUGGACACAGUUCCCCUUCAAGGCAGAUUCCUACUCGGAGUGUAACGGGAAGCAGUACGUGAAGAGGACCUGGUACCGCAAGUUUGUGGGCAUCCAACUAUGCAACUCCCUUAGAUACAAAAUCUACAUGAGCGACUCGCUCAAUGGCAAGUUCUACAACAUCGGGGACCAGACUGGUCAUGGGGAGGACCACUGCCAGUUUGUAGAUUCUUUCCUGGACGGACGAACAGGCAGCCAGGUACUGGCCGACCAGUUACCCAGCCGAUCAGGUUUCUACCGGGCUAUGCGUCAGGAACCAGUCAACUUCGGCCAGAUCGGAGGGAACUCACAUUCCACCUAUGUCGGCUGGUACGAGUGCGGAACACCCAUACCUGGGAAAUGGUAAGACCCCUCCACCAAGGAGGUGGCCAGGAAGAUGCCUGACUGAAAGAGGGAUUAUUUUACCAGGCUGAAAGGAGGACUGAGGAGGCCUGAGGGGAGGUGGGCUUCUCUGUUACCAUGGAGAUGCGCCUUUCUGACUGUCUAUUUGUCAGAUGGCAACAGCCCACAUUCCAUUGUAUAAAAGUGUACAGGACCAUGCUUUGUCACGAACUCUGUUAGGCACAUUUUUCAUAUCUCCUUAAAUCUAAUCUCACUAUUUAUCAAACACGACAACAUGAGAAAAUACUCAAAACCUGUAAACAUGGAAGAGAAGUAGUUAAAGGUUUUUCAGAGUGCUUCAUUAAAUAUGAACACCGGAAACUGUUGGGAAGCUGGCUCCCUAAAAAUGUAACGUGUAUGGUUUUAUUUAUCAGCAGUUGUUAUUCAUGUACCUUGUGGUUUCUAUUGGCCAGUCUGCUACAAAAGCAUUCGUUUUCACUCAUACGGAUACUGUCUAUACUCAAUACCUUUCUUGAUUGGUCCUGUGGGAUUAACAGUUGCGGUUUGCACAAUAUGAAAGUAUUAAAUAUAUGUAUAUGAUGUGAAAGAACAAUAUUUCUGAACUACUAUUAAGUCUCAGCAUUAAGUUUACAAAGCAAGGCGGUUCCACGAGUGUGUUAAUCACUUGGAAAAACACCUGAAUGGGUUCUUUAGCCAAUGAAUGUCCAAAUAUUAAGUAGAGAUAAAAUCAUCAGAUACUGGGAUUCACUCAGUUGGAAUGAACAGCAUAAGGAUAUGCUUUGUUGUUCUUUCGUCUUCAAUUUUCUAACUUCAACUCAUCUCAAUUUGCAGAAUGAUUGCCAGGUAUCCGUUAUGUGGAUGUGGUCCUAAGCUCAUUGCAAGUGACCACAAUUGUCCACCUCUGGGGCGUGUUCAGUGGGGUGCAACAUGGCAGAAUGUUCAGAUGUAAUGUAUUGGGUUUGUAGGAUGAUGAAUUGUGUCAGUUCUAUACGUUACAUUUCUACCUACAACAUUCAGAACAUUUCCCCUCACUGACAAAACCCUUUGUUUUUAGCCUUGGAAUGUUUUGCUACAGUUUUGUUCGUCUGAGUUUAAAUAUUAUAUAACAUGUACAUAAAGGCUUCUUUUAGUAUGGAAACAACCAAAGAAAUAUUACAUUUAGUACAGUUGCUCGCAAAUGGCUGCAGUUGUAUUUUCAACCCACAUUUUGUGGGAAAAGUGUUUAUAGAUUGUUUCAGAUAUGUACAACCAUUUCUGUUUCUGUUUUCAACAAUAAAUCCUUAAGUAUGGUCCUUUUUUUA